AAUAAAAUAUCAAUAAACAACACAAGCAAUAAUUAAUAUUAAAGAAAAACACAAAUAAAAAAUAAGACGAGAAAAAAAAUAAGAGUGAAUUAAACACAGCCACUCCUCACCUCCCACAAAGCAGCGGCGAUCUAUGGCUUUAUUACUACUUGCAUAAAGUGAAAAGUGUACUAAAAAUAUACUAAAACCGAAUCAGCACAAAUACAGGCGUAGCAGGCAUAGCAGGCGAGCGCGCACACACCCGAAAAUGGCUCGGAAAGAGCAACCGGCCGCUAAUGAUAUCGAGCAAUUUCUACGAGAUGUACGCGAACAUUUCCGCGCCUCACUCGAGACAUCCGACUAUGAGAAUACCUCGAAUAUGUUUCAUGUAACUGAGGCAGAUGCGACGCUCAAACUCUUGAUACGCUGUGAGAUGCUCCUAGCGAACUACGCGCUGAAAGAUGCCAAUGCAACAACGCUCAAUAACAAUAAGUCCAUUAUUGUCAAUGGUAAAAUGGAGUCAAACGAAGUUUAUGAUGGAAUCAAUGGAGCUAAUAGGGUCAAUGACCCGUCAAUGCAAGCGCACACAAGACACACAACAGCGAGCAAGCAAGACAAUAAUGCAACAAAGAACAUUACGAAGCAGACAGAGCGAUCGCAUGAAGACGCAUCCUACUUGGAUAUGAGCGGAGGCGGUGGCGGCAGAACGAGUGGCAAAAAAUCAAACAGUUGGUAUGAUGAGUGGAAUAGUGACAUGAAAAGCGAUAAAACGUUUCGUUGUUCGGGGCGAGUUGGCAACAAAACCAACAGUAAAGCGUACAGUGAUGAGGAUGUUGACGUAGAUGAGGAGGAUAGCGAUGCGAAUGAAGAUGAUAACAGCUCCCAAAACUACGAUAUAUGCCAAGUUUCCAGCCAUGACAGAGACGAAAUGCAAAAGGCAAUAACACCAGAGCUCGAACCCAUGCAGGCCAUUGAUUGUCCAUAUAUGGAUUUACCAGCCGGACAUCUUUCCAUUCAGCACGCCACCAAAUUUGGACAGUUGCAACGCGUCGAGAAACGUCUGUUCUUCGAUCAGUGUAAAAAAUACUACUGCGGUGUGCUUGACGAUUGGCUGCUGUGCUAUGCCGACGGACCCACGUCAGCACAUCCAACGAUAACAUUGUAUUUAAAGCACAACGGCGUCGAAAUCGAACACUAUGGCGAGGGCAAGCGACGUGAAGUGUGUUUUCAAAUUACAACAGCCGAUCCCAAUAAGAAAUUUCUCUUCCAAGCCAAUAGUGAGGUGGAUGCCAAAGAAUGGAUUAUCGCCGUCGAAGCGGCCAUACGUGGAGACACAUCGCCGGCCAGUUUGAUAAGGAAUACAAGAAAACUGCCAACACCGCCUAUGGCCAAGAAAAUGACAUUUAUGAGUCACAUAAACAAUGCGCCAACGCACGAUUGCAUUUACGAAGAACCCUCACCGCUCUUUCAAACAGAAAAAACAUCGAACAAGCCUAAACCUAAUUUACCAAGCAAGAAGGAUGCAACAGCCACAGUUGACUUGAUCAAUGAACUGGAAUACGACAUACCCAAAUAUCCACCGCAACCUGUUAAAUCGGCUGACACAAGUCAAUCGGAGUUGGAAACCGCCGAACUAUUGAAUUUAAACGAAAACAGCGUACCCAACACCGAGAAACUCGAGUUUCAAUCAAUUGUCAAGGAUGUGCAUAGCAAGUUGUCUAGUCAGCUGUCCGGAGGUCCAACGCCGGAACGCUUAAAAAAGGCGCUCAUAAAAACUUAUUCCGGCAGCAGUGCCAGCGAUGUGGAAGCUUUGGCGUUAACACCAACCUCACCGAACACAGUGAAGGAGAACAAGAAACAACGCAAGUCCACUACACCAAAUGCCAGUCCACAGAAGAGUAACAACAGCGUGCAUGGCAGUCCGAGCAACAACAACAACAGCAGCAACAACACAGUUAGUGUUAACGAUCGUGUGGGUGUGAAAUGCUUUGAUAAAUGGUUUUUCAAUCGCAUGAACAAGACAACAUCUUCGGGUCGCAGCACAAGCUCGUCGAGUUCGGCGCCAUCCUCGCCGGCCAAGUGUAAACAAAGUGAAAAGGAAAAUCUACUACAAAGCCUCGAUUCGCAUGAUGCUGUCGAUGGUGGUGGUGGUGGUGGUGGCAAUGAUGGCUUACACACUAAUAGCAGUAAUCCCUCAUCACCGAUACUGAAGAGCACCUUUUCGAGUUGCAGCGCCGGUGUCGACAGCACCAUGAAGAGCAAAGUCGAUCUGAUAAUCAAAGAGUUUGAGACGAGCGCACACAUGGGCAUGCUCACAAUGGAGACGUUGGCGGGCAGUGCUGUGGCCUCACUGAGUUCCUUCUGCGACAAAGAUUGUAAUAAUUAUGAGCCCAUAAUGACUGUGACAACGCCACCGAGCAGUUUCUUAAAGAAAAUAUAGCACAGCGUUGCCAGUAUUAAAUCGAAAAAAAACGUUACCGUGUAAGAGCGACGCUAGUUGGUGCAUCGUGUGAUAGGCACUCAAAUAAUUAAUGACUCUCUUUUGAUAAUAUUUAGUUAUGUAAGCGCUCUUGUAAAAGUUUCAAGCGUAAAAGUAUUCAUUAUUUUAUUAAAGAACUGUUUGGAAUAAAUAAUUUUUGUUAGU